AUGGAAUACGUGGUACUUCCAUCAUCAGAAGGAGAUUAUGAUGAUACAGACUUAGAAGAAGAAGUUUUUCCUGGUCAAAAUGAGGAUGGAGCAUUUGAUUAUUAUGGAGAUUACAAUGAUCAAAUUCCAGAUGACUUUGAACAUGCAGUCGAACAUGUAUAUGGAGACAGACAUGUGGGAGACGAAUAUGAACAUGAUGGAGAUGACGAUGAAGAUUCUGGCGACGAGGAGGAUUAUGACGAUGACGACGAGGAGGACGAUGAUGAUGAGGAUUCUAACGAUGACGAUAAUGCUCCGUACGAUGAUGCGGGUAUGUAUGAUGAUGAUGAUGCUGAGGCAUAUGAUGAGCAAUUUUCUUUGGAGAGUUACCAAAAAAAGGAGGGGAAACCUUUUAGAUUUUUUAACUGCUAUGUGAUUUUGAAAAACAGUUUCUCAGAGUAUAACCCUUCCCCCUUUGAAGAUUCAUCCUCUGAAUCAUCAGAUGAAGAGUAA